CAGUGCACUUCAGGUAUCACACUAUUUUUCUGUGCAUUCCUGGUUGCUGAAUUAAUUUUGAUUAAAUCUUCAAUAAAUAAACUUUUUGUACCACAUUUAUUUAAUUUUCCGUGUAACUGGCAACCUUGCUCAAAUUUAUGAUGUCAAUAAGAAGAAGAAACAAAACAACAACAAUACCGUUUCUCAUCGCCCGCAAUAAACAGCAACUGCAGUUUCAUUGUUUUGGAUCGUUUUGCAGCAUGAUGGAGGAUGGAGAAGGCUACACUGACCGAGACACCGGUAGCAGCUAUGAGGAAUCAGUGCAUCAAGCUGAAAAUGGUCUGGCUUUGGAGGAUUCCGACAAAUAUAUAAUCGAAGCACUUGACGAUGAUCCUGAGGAAUACGUGCAUCAAAACGAAAAUGGUGUGGAUUUGGAGGAUUAUGAGAAAUACACAAUUAAAGCGCUUGACGAUGAUCCCAUGGUUAAUCCUUUAGAUGACGAUAACGAGACAGAUGGUCCUAGUCUCAGAGACGACGUAAACGAUGAGCAGACGAAUCAUGAUGCUAAGCGCAGUCGAAAAAACAACUUGUCCCUAUCCGCCUCCUUCUUCAAGCGUCGAUUUGUUGGCGAAACAUCCGGCAGCCUCAUAGCAUCGCAAACUAUUUCAGGUGAUUCAGUCGACGAAAUAUUGAGGAGCGUAUGGACUAUUGUCAAACCGAUGAUAUGCCGUGAAGUAAUCUUUGUUAUGGAGAAAGGAAACCAAAUACCAACAUGGGGCGAAAGCGACCCGACCUACGACGAUAUGGGAAAAUUCAUAUAUGCAAAACCAUCAAAAUCGAAGACGUGUCGAUAUCAGCCAGAUUAGUAGUAAGCUUCUUAUUAGCUGGCGAGGAAAAGUUAUUCGGGUUCAUGUGCAUAUUUAUUCUACGGCUGUAUUCUGCAAACAACUGUGGGAUUUGGUGGACA